CAACCAGCCAACAUUGCUUGGACCUCCGUUGUUAAUAUUAUGAUGGAAUAGUCAAGAUUACAUGGCAUCCCAAAAAGACACAUUCAAUGCAAAAUGGAACGAGACUUCCACCAACUACUUUGUGAGUUUGAUGGUAGAAGAGGUGAAGAAGGGAAAUCGCACCUCUUGUACUUUCAACAAAACAGGAUGGAAAAAUAUAAGAAUCGCAUUCAACAACAAGAUAGGAUUCCAAUAUACUCAAGUACAAUUGAGAAACAAGCACAACAAGCUGAGAAUACAAUAUGGUAGCUUCAAGAAACUUCUUGGACAAUCUGGAUUUGGUUGGGAUAAUGUCAAUAAAAAAGUGACCGUCGAUGAUCCCAGCAUAUGGGAACUUCACUUGAAGGAUAAUAAUGAGUGGGCAAAAUUCAAAAAGGAUGGGUUUCCUAUUUAUCUUGAGUUGUGCAUUAUAUUUGGUGGUACAUAUGCUACUGGGGAGCAAGCAAUAGGAACUGGUCAAAAUUUGCCAUUGUCGGAUGAUGAUAACUGUGAAGAUGAUGGUAAUGAUUUUGUGGAGGGUUUUGGUGAUCACCACCUUGAUGAGGAAGGCUUCACACCUGCCAAUCCUAGUACUCCAGUUCAUGACAACCACAACUUGGAUAGGACUCCGAAUACCAAGAGAAGAAAAAAGAGCAACCAGUACAAUUUAACCACGACCUGCAAAACCAUUGAAGACAUGAUCAAGUCAUCCUCAGCCACCUCACGGCCGCUUGUACAAUGGAAGAUGAAUCAAGUAUUGUAUCUACUGGACAGUUAGCUCCGGUUGGAACAUGCUUGAAUGAGUUUGAUAUUGCGAUAAUACGUGCAUGGAUCUAUGCUCAGAUGCUGGACAAGUGCUUGCACGUGAAAGAACCAUGCGGGGACGGUAAACAAACGGGAGCCGAGUGGGUAAGCGAGAUUCUUCAUGGACACUCGGAUAGAAUAUACGAGGCGUUUAGGUUGAAAAGACAUGUUUUUCUGAAUCUAUGUGAUUUAAUGAGUGAAAAGGGAUGGUUGAAAAAUAGUCGGUAUAUUAAGGUGGAUGAACAAGUGGGUAUCUUUUUAUUGAUAGUUGGUCACAAGAGCUCUAUGAGAACUUUAUGCGAGAGAUUCCAACA